AUGACUUCGCCAGGAAACCACCACGAUGAUUUGCUCACCAACAACCCGCACUACACCCUCUUGGGUUCGGACCUCAAGCUCUUCUCCGAUGCCGGUUUCGACAUGGACAGGGUCCACCUCAAGCGCAACGCUUCGGUCGCCCAGCUCUACGAGGACGCCAUCAAGAAGGAGGGCGCUGUCAUCUCGUCAGCCGGUGCCUUGAUCAACUACUCUGGUAAGAAGACCGGUCGUUCGCCCAAGGACAAGCGUAUCGUCUUUGAGGAGACCUCCAAGGACCACGUCUGGUGGGGCCCCGUCAACAUCAAGAUGGACGAGCACACGUUCGAGAUCAACCGUGAGCGUGCCAUCGACUACCUCAACACGCGUGACGACAUCUACGUCUUUGACGGCUUCGCAGGCUGGGACCCCAAGUACCGCAUCAAGGUGCGAAUCAUCUGCAGCCGUGCCUACCACGCGCUCUUCAUGCACAACAUGCUUAUCCGCCCCACCGCCGAGGAGCUCGAGCACUUUGGCGAGCCCGACUUUAUCAUCUACAACGCCGGUCAGUUCCCUGCCAACCGUUUCACCGCCGGUAUGACUUCCUCCACCUCGGUCGAGGUCAACUUCAAGCGUCACGAGAUGGUUAUUCUGGGUACCGAGUACGCCGGUGAGAUGAAGAAGGGUAUCUUCUCGGUCAUGCACUACCUCAUGCCCGUCAAGUUCAACCAGCUCUCGCUGCACUCGUCGGCCAACGAGGGUCCCGACGGCGACGUGUCGCUCUUCUUCGGUCUUUCGGGUACCGGUAAGACGACGCUCUCGGCCGACCCCAAGCGUGCGCUCAUCGGUGACGACGAGCACGUGUGGUCGGACGAGGGCGUGUUCAACAUCGAGGGUGGUUGCUACGCCAAGUGCAUCGGUCUCUCGGCCGCCAAGGAGCCCGAAAUUUACAACGCCAUCCGCUUUGGUGCUGUGCUCGAAAACGUGGUCUACGACAAGAACACGCGUGAGGUCGACUACGACGACGUUGUCAUCACCGAGAACACUCGCUGCUCGUACCCCAUCGAGUUUAUCCCCAACGCCAAGAUCCCCUGCAUGGCCAACUCGCCACCCAAGAACAUCAUCUUCCUCACUUGUGAUGCUUACGGUGUCCUGCCGCCCGUUUCCAAGCUCAACGCCGACCAGGCUCAGUACCACUUUAUCUCUGGUUACACCUCCAAGACGCCCGGUACCGAGGAUGGUAUCCAGGAGCCCUCGCCCACGUUCUCGACGUGCUACGGCCAGCCCUUCAUCGUUCUCCACCCUCGUGUGUACGCCAAGAUGCUUGCCGAGCGCAUGGAGAAGCACAAGGCCGACGUGUGGCUCGUCAACACCGGUUGGGCCGGUGGCAAGUUCGGCGUCGGCCAGCGAUGCCCGCUCAAGUACACGCGCAAGAUCAUCGACGCCAUCCACGACGGCUCGCUCGCCAAGGGCCAGUUCCAGAACUUUGGCGUGUUCAACCUGCAGAUCCCCACCGCCAUCGAGGGUGUGCCCGAGACGCUGCUCAACCCCGCCACCUCGUGGCCAGACAAGGGCGCCUUCAAGACGGAGCUCAACAAGCUCGCCGACAUGUUCAGCACCAACUUUGAAAAGUACGUCAACGACGUUUCCGCCGAGGUCGCCGCUGCCGGUCCCAAGCUUUAA